GCGCCGGCGAGCGCAGCCCGGGACCGAGCGGGGCGGCGCGGCUGGCUGGCGGGGCCGGCGGCGGCUGGAGCCGGAGCGCGACGCCACGCGACCGCGGCUUCCAGAGCUCCGCCUGGCUGCCCCACCGCCGCGAGCCCUCCCGAAGCCUGGAGGAGUGAGGGCCGCCGGCGCCGGUCGUGGAGUCUUGAGACGGGGGACGCGAGCGGCGCGGCGACCGGAGCCUCCGCCGCUUCCUGCUGCGGGCGGGCGGGCGGUCGGACGAGCGGCCUCCUCCGGCGCCUCCCUCCCUUCGCUGCGGCUCCUCAGGCUCCCGAGCCCGGGGGCGGCCUGUGGCGCGAGGCACCCGCUCCGGACCGCGCUUCUUCGGACCUUAAGGGGAACAUGCAUUCGGCUUGGACAGUUUGAAAUUCUUAGUUUGGGGUCCCCGCUCGCUUGCUUUUUCCACCCCGCGGAUUUUUUUUUUUUUUGAGGAUUUCCUCUCCCCCCCUCACGUUUUUUCAUUUUUCUCCCCUCGGGGCUCUUUUGUGACUCCCCCCAACCCCAACCCUCCGCCUUUAUGUUCGCCCAGCCCUCCACCCGCUUCUGAGCAGUGGGGGAGGGUCUCAGCCUCCACGUUCCCGCCCCACCGGGGCCCCGGCGAACAUGGGGGGCAAGCAGAGCACGGCGGCCCGCUCUCGGGGCCCCUUCCCGGGGGUCUCUACGGAUGACAGCGCCGUGCCGCCGCCGGGAGGGGCGCCCCACUUUGGGCACUACCGGACGGGCGGCGGGGCGAUGGGGCUGCGCAGCCGCUCGGUCAGCUCGGUGGCGGGCAUGGGCAUGGACCCCAGCACGGCCGGAGGGGUACCCUUUAGUCUCUACACCCCCGCCUCCCGCGGGACCGGCGACUCCGAGAGGGCGCCGGGCGGCGGAGGGUCCACGUCGGACUCCACCUAUGCCCACGGCAAUGGUUACCAAGAGACCGGCGGCGGUCACCAUAGAGACGGGAUGCUGUACCUGGGCUCCCGAGCCUCGCUGGCGGAUGCUCUACCUCUGCACAUCGCACCCAGGUGGUUCAGCUCGCACAGUGGUUUCAAGUGCCCCAUUUGUUCCAAGUCUGUGGCUUCCGAUGAGAUGGAAAUGCACUUUAUAAUGUGUCUGAGCAAACCUCGCCUGUCCUACAAUGAUGAUGUGCUGACUAAAGAUGCGGGUGAGUGUGUAAUCUGCCUGGAGGAGCUGCUUCAGGGGGACACGAUAGCCAGGCUGCCUUGCCUGUGCAUCUAUCACAAAAGCUGCAUAGACUCGUGGUUUGAAGUGAACAGAUCUUGUCCGGAACACCCUGCUGACUGACCCUGCUGGGCCUGCUUACGGACUCCUCUCAAAGGUUUAUUUUAUUUAUUCCAAGUAAAUGCCCAGAACAGCUGACGGUGUCAGGCAAAUCAGGGACAUUGGCUCUUUCUACCCUCACCUCAAAAUCUGAUGACAAGCAAGGGAGAGUGAGGCAGAGGGAUUGGAUCCCAGCUCCAGAGUGCAGGUCCGAAAUGCCGCCGGCAUGAUGUUUGGCUUCCGAUGGGCCUGCCUGGCCUGAACCAGAUGUCCCAGCCAACCAGCCUGGUCUCAGGGGACACAAGCUGCUGCCACCGUGCGAUGGAGCGGCAACCCUCAGCAAGAUGAAGCGGGACUGACUUCUUCUGACCCACACAGGGACAGCCAGCCCCUGUUCCUGGGAGGAGGCUCCUCGGACACUGGACAGAGCUGAGCUUGGGACACCAGAGAGAACAGGGCACCCUUCUGCACUGACUUCCAGAAAAUGGUCCUCCCUGAGGGCCCAGUGGAUGAGAGCGAGUCUGGGAGAAGAAUGGAUUGACCUCUAUCCUUCCCCUCACCCUCGACCCAGGAGGGAAAGGGCAUUUUCUUUUUCACCUUUGAAAGGCGUUGUGGGUCUGUCUUUAAAAAGUGUUUACAAACAACAAAAAAUUCUAUAAAAAAGUCUCGUGUCGACUGGUGUUUUCCCUUGUGAUGUUUACAGACUGCUGUUUGCUGCCCAGCUAAAACCCACUCAGUGACAGAAGCAGGCAUAGCCAUGUCCUCACUCUAGCGCUGAUGGCAGGCUGGCAGGAGGGCACACGUCAGUCCCUCUGCCCAGCGCCCCAGUUGGCUCUCUGCAUCACUAACCUUUCUACCUUGGGGGAUUCAGUUUUUGUUUUCUUGUUCUUCUGUCCCAUUUUUCUGGCUUGGUUUUGCACUAUCUCCCCUUAAAUUUCCUUGAUUUCCCCUUGAUUUCCUUGCCAAAAAAGAGACACCCCCCCAUCCCCUUGUCUUCCCUACCUUUCCUCCUGGAUCUGAUUCCAUCAGAGGAUUUAAUAAUCACAAAUACACUGAAAAAAAAAAAAUGCCUGGAUAUUUUUCCAAGGCCCCUAAGAAAUUUUUUUCUGAGGAAAUUUAGACUUAGUAAAGGACUGUGCACUGCAACCCCUGUUUUCAGGCACACAAAUAUUUUAGCCAUUGAUAUUCACACAUGACAUCAGCCCAUGAAGGUUAGGUUCUGCAUUUAUAUAUUAAAAUCCAAAAAAAAAAAAUUUACAAAAAUGUUUUAAAACUGUUCAAAGCUUAGGAGAAAAGCAAGGUAUCAGGUGUUUUGAUAUGGUAUUAAAAUAGUGUGUAAUAAAAGAUGCACCGUGUGAUUUAUUUUAAUGAAGUGUUGUUAUGCAAUCAAAUUGGAAGGCAAAUGCCAGUUCCCUCUGUCCACCUCUCAGCCCACACCCGCCCCCUCAGCACCUGUAAUGGCUUAGCCACUCCCGGGCAGAGGCUUGAGGUGGUAGCUCAGCUGUGUCUUUGAAGUUUAUAAAUUCUUUAGCAUCAUGGAGUGAUUGUCAGUCUUCUGUCAUCUCUGGUUGUGAUAGGAUGUUACUGGAAUGAUAUUCAGGGGCAAAGCUCUUACAGCCACCAGAGGCCACAAGGAUACAGGCAUCUGGAGAUACCAGCCCAGCCCGUUCGCUCUUCAGAGCCUCUGCUCCCCUCUCUGCCCUCUGCUUGCCUGUUGCUCCGUACAGAGCCAAGUGCUGACUCAUGGGCAUGUUUCUCUGAGGCCCAGGAAAAGGCCCUGCUCUGGGCCUCUUCCAGCUCACAGUCCUUGAACCAGAACCAGCCACUCAGCCUCAUAAAAGUUGGCAAAUUGCAAGCUGGGCAGGAAGCUCGGGGCAGGGGGCAGCAGUGCAUACCUGCCUGUCUUCUAGCCAGGCUCCAGGAGCUGCAUUUCAGGGCUUCCUGCAGAGCCAGCUAAGGGAAGCUCUGGAGGGAGAUGGCGCCACCUCUCUAUCAUGACCAUUUCCAGACCUGCCCCUUGUAUGCUGUGUCAGAGCCCAGUCCCAACAGGGCCACAAGUCUGGACUAUGCCUGCCGCCCUUGCCCUCAGGUGCUUCCUGAAGCAACUACUCUGUGCAAGGACAUCUGUUGGAGGCCAGUGGGCACGUGUGAACCAAGGCAGGGAGGCAAGUUCAGAGAACUAAGAGUGCUUUAUUUACAGCCUGAGUGUCAGACGCCUCAGGACCUGAACUGUGAGCACUGUCAAUGGUUAGAAACCGGGCUCUUGUCUGUGCUGGGGCACUUUACUUGGUGGAAUCGUGAGCAAAUAACUACUUCCGUCUGAACUCGAUCCCUUGCAUGUGAAGUGGGGACAGGGUCAUGCGGCUCAGUUCAGUUAGUGUUGGGGAUCUGCCCCCAAAGACCUGGCACAUGCGCAGCAGGCUUCCUUGUAGCUAUGUCACUGCAAAGGGCACUGUUCUAUUCCCAGCACCUCCAGCUUCUGCCUGGCAACUGUGUCUCCCCGUUCUAUAUAUAAAAUCCUACCAGCAGAGCUGGCGGGGCAGGGCCCAGCCCUCAAAGAGAUCUCCUUGUCUGACCCCUGGGCCUGGAGACAGGCUUUGUGUACCCACCUUGGCUGUAUGAGCCCAGCUGCUUUGGCAGUGCUGUGGCUGAGUCCCGUGGUUGAGUUGGUUGGGGCAGCGCUGAGCCCCACACCGGGUGCUAUUCUAGGUUCUCUCGGCUGGUGCUCGUCCCAUCCCCAGUGACUUCCGCCCCCACCUGGCACACCAAAGCCCUCUGUUGGCUGUCACGUCCUCUGAAUUUGGACCCAGAUUGCCAGUGCCUGGUGUGAGGGUGGGACUGGGCUUGUCUGGGCUUCCCAAGGUGGCACUUGUAUGUGUCACCUUCCAUCCAGACAGCCCUCCAGAAUCCUGUGUCAUUCCUACUCUGCCUUUCUGAGAAGGAAGAAAAUACGGAAGAGCCAAGAGAUGGGUUCUUCCCCUUAGCUCCAAGGAGCCUAGAAAGCCUGAGAGCUCCAGGAGCCCCUUCUGAAAACCACCCAUCUAAGCCAUUUAAUAGUAUUGAAACUCAUAGGAGAAUGUCCUUUUUAGGAGACAGUGGCUGAAAUAUAUAGUUGAAUGAUUUCAAGAAAUGUAUACUCUAAUCCCAUAUGGUCUCCCCUCCCCCAAAAUAUACAAAGCAAAUAAGGCAAAAAUGUCCAUUGUUGAAUCUUCAACGACUGAUAUUUCAGUGAAUAUAGUGUAUUUGUUCUUUCAACUUUUUCUGUAUGUUUGGGAUUUUCUUUAAUAAAAGAAAUUGUGGGGACAUAGCUGUGUAUUGAGU